AUGACGGACCUACUCAAUCGUGCCGGGAUGCUUGACUGUAAGCCGCUUACCACACCUGCCGCUGUCACGUCACUAGUGUCUUCUGCAACAACUCCGUAUGAGAACCCCACUCAGUACAUGCGCAUUGUUGGGGCUCUACAGUAUUUGACGAUCACAAGGCCAGACUUGUCCUAUUUCGUGAAUCGCUUAUGUCAGUUUAUGCAUGCGCCUACAGAUGAUCACUGGGGUUUAGCUAAACGAGUGUUGCGCUAUAUAAAGGGUACUAUCAGCUACGACUUGCGUAUUGCUCCUUCCAUAUCCACGAUUAUUCAGGCAUUCUCAGACUCAGACUGGGCAGGAUGUCCGAUCGACAGGAAGAGCACAAGCGGAUAUGCUGUCUUUCUCGGCACCAACCUGAUUUCAUGGCUAUCCAGAAAACAGCGAACAGUAGCACGGUCGUCCACAGAAGCAGAAUAUAAAGCUCUAGCCGAUGUCUCCGCAGAAGUCACGUGGGUUGUCUCUUUACUCCGAGAGUUAGGUCUGCACUCCUCUCACCCGGCCACUCUCUGGUGUGACAACCUUGGAGCAACUUAUCUAUGUGCAAAUCCCGUGUUUCAUGCCUGGACGAAGCACAUCGAGAUUGAUUACCAUUUUGUUCGAGAUAAGGUUGCCUCAGGAGACUUCGUGGUCAACUUUGUGUCGACCAAAAACCAGCUGGUAGACAUCUUCACCAAACCGCUCACAGGGCCCAGGUUCACGCUCCUUCGAGACAAGCUCAAUGUUGUUUCGCACCAAUCUUGUGCUUGA